UGAGAAAGGAAAGGGACUAACCAGAAAGAAAGAGAGAGAAUAUGUGUUCAAAGUGUUGAACACAUAAAUUAAUAAAAUCAAAGUGUUGGGUCAGCACUUACAAACCUGUUCGAUCUAUUAAUCGUUUGUUUCAAUUAGGGCUUCCCAAACCCUGCCCCAGACAGAAUUCAAUCGCAGAUUCAAAAUCAGUAAAAUCAAACCAAUCAAUCAGCAAAAUCGAAGGAACCGAUUCCUGAUCGGAGCAUGGCGGAGCACCUGGCAUCAAUCUUCGGGACGGAGAAGGAUCGCGUCAAUUGUCCGUUCUACUUCAAGAUUGGAGCGUGCCGGCACGGCGACCGGUGCUCGCGGCUGCACAACCGGCCGAGCAUCUCGCCAACGCUGCUGCUGUCCAACAUGUACCAGCGUCCCGACAUGAUCACGCCUGGCGUGGAUCCGCAGGGUCAGCCGUUGGACCCGCGCAAGAUCCAGCAGCACUUCGAGGACUUCUACGAGGACAUCUUCACGGAGCUCGCAAAGUUUGGCGAGAUCGAGAGCCUCAAUGUCUGCGACAAUCUCGCCGACCACAUGAUCGGCAACGUCUACGUCCAGUUCCGCGAGGAGGACCAGGCUGCCAAGGCCCUCCAAUCGCUCCACGGACGGUUCUACAACGCCCGCCCCAUUAUCGCCGACUUCUCCCCUGUCACUGACUUCCGCGAGGCCACGUGUCGGCAGUUUGAGGAGAACAGCUGCAACCGCGGCGGAUAUUGCAACUUCAUGCACGUCAAGCUCAUCGGAAGGGACCUCCGCCGGAGGCUCUUCGGCCGCCACCACCACCGCGGCGGGGGACGCUACCACAACACCAGCCGGAGCCGCAGUCGCAGCCGCAGCAGGAGUCCAAGGCACCGCCGGGAGGGACGGGAGAGGGACUCCCGCAGCGGCGGGAGGCGGGAGUAUAGAGAGAGGGACGGCGGUGGACGACGGAGACACGCCGAGAGUCCCGCCAGAGAGGGGAGCGAGGAACGCCGCGCGAGGAUCGAGCAAUGGAAUCGGGAGAGGGAGGAGAAGGAGUGACUUUGUCGAUGCUGGUUUUCGAGAAUAGAACAUCAAUUUCGUUCUCAGAGCUAGGUGCAAUAGGGGGAUUGGUUGUGCAGCGGAUGUUCUUGAGAUGUAGGAAUUGCUUUUCAAAGACUAACGAAGUUGGGGUUUGAAUUGCCUCUUGUAAGACUGCACGUUUCUAUUAUCAGUAUUUUUUGUUUAAACUUUUGCAUGUGAGAUUGGAAUCCUUUUCUUCACAUGCCAUUUCUAGCUGGUCCUCCUGCGAAUUUAUAACGUGCUUUCUUUCUUGUCUUUACAGCACUAUAGGUAUAUAAAAGCAUGUUUCGGAGAAAUGUUUUUGAUGAAUCCAAGUGCUAAAUACUGUACAAAAAUGAGACAACUAAGAUGGGCAACUUCUGCUUUGUUAUCCUGGGAUUUUUGCCACUUGGGCUUUGGUGGUAUUUGAGCUCUCCAAACCUAGGUUGACAUCAAGGCUUAGUGGAUGUUUGGGUUUAUAACUUAUUUAGGAGAAAUGAUCGGUCAUUUCUUUUGGCUUCUUGAGAGAGAGUUUGCUAAAUAAGCUAAUAUUUCUCUAAAUUUAAGUUGAGCCAAGCCAUUAGUUUGUGCUCACUCCAAUUGCUUUAGGAUAUGUUUGGGAAUUUGGAUUUCGAAAGGAAGGGACGGGAGGCAAAUUUUUUAAUUUACAAUUUUAGAUUAGUGAGAAAUUAACCUAUAUAUCUCCGAUAUAAUUUUUAUUAGCUUGUAUGUUUGCCCUCCUCACAGUUCUCCUUCAAAACCCAUGGAACAAUUUAGCCAUAGGCACCACUAGGCAGUGUGACUCAGGUUUUCUAGGGGGUUUUCCAACGAAAGUUUUUAUUAUGUAAGACAAAAAGCUUGUUCUUCACGCAUCAGUUAGGAAGGAACUGGAAUUAUCAUCAUCCGAUACAUAUAAAGUGCAAGCAGUUUAGGUUUCUGAAACCAGGAUGAGGCCGGACAGGUGUACAGAGCAGUAUGUUCCCAUUUUUGGUUAGAUUACCUACCUUACCUCCUAUAACACUUGAAUUUUCUAUCAUCUUACCAUGCUUGAGUUGUUCAUUUUUUAAAGGGGGAGAGGGGUCUUUGACUCUGGUAUGUUUGGUUGAGCGGAAAGAAAAUAAUGAUCGGGAUAUUUUUUUUCUGUUUGAUUACAGCAAAAAUGAAAGGAGAAGAAUGAACUGGAUUUGUAAAAUUUAGUUUCAAAAUUUUCCUUUCUUUCACGUUCCCUUUAAAUCAAUUUUCACACCAUUCUCUCGAUUCCUUUUUACUGUACUAAAUAGGUCCUUGUGUGAUCUCUUUUAUACGAUAAACAAAAUUAAGGGAAAGUGAAACUUGUUUUCUUCUUUGAAUUUUAGCUGUUAGAAAUAAUAUUUUCUUCCUCAUUUUUGUCACUUUCACUUAUACGUGGUUCUUUUAUAUUUUAAUUUCUUCCUAUUUUUGUCCGUACUUCCAAACACACCAUUAGUAUCAAAUCUGAAUAAUAUUGAUCAUCUUCCGUCAAAUUUAGCUUCAAUUGAUGGAGUAGUGGAAUUUUGGAACAUACUGCGGUGGGCUUUUUGAGGUCGUAACGGGUAAACACUGAACUAUCAUGUCCCAAGACAGUUUGAAUAAACAACCAGCAUAACUGGUUUUCCCGGCCCCUUCGCUUCAGAUUUUCCCAAACGAUGGCACGGUGAAUUCAGAAAGAGAAUAACAGAUCUUGUUCACGUUUUAGCGUUUGAGGUAGAAAUUAUUCUUUUCAUUCCCUUUUGUAGCAUGAUGAUGUCUCUGGUAUAAGAUAUUUUAACUAAGCUUUCAUUGAUGUGAAUGAAAUUUAACAUGUAUGUUUUGCGCAAGAUAUAGGACUUCAAAUCAAACUAUUCUGGUGUUGAUACUAGUGCACUGACAACAAAACUGUUAUCUGCUGUUUGUGUUCAAA